GUGAUUUCAACGCAUACCUCGGAGCUCCGGUAUCAAAUGUAACAUAACUAUUUAAACAUUUAUAAUAGGUUUUACUUGACUUGGGAAGUUGUGAAUUCCACACGAGACUGUUUUUUUUUAUCGAGGGAGAGUGACAGCUACACAGAUUUGUUUGAUAAAUAUCUGCUCUUCAAAUCUAUUUCUGUAAUUGUUUCUCAGCCUGAACUGCAGCCCGGAGUUUCAGGAUAAGACGGUGAACGUGCAGUGUUGAUUUCCGGACAACAAGUUUCUGGUCAAAACAGUCAUGGAGAUGUUACUGUGGGUUUUAGGGGUGUUGCUGCUGCUGUUCUCCAGUCUGGAUGUGUGGUACUUCGUGCGUGCGGCGGUCACGGUGGUCAGGGCCUGGUUCCAGAAGCCGGUGUGGGACGUCCUGGGGGAACAGAGUGUGUCGGGGCGCAUCCUGCUUCACGAUAUCGACCUGGGACACAUGAACAAUGCCAGAUACCUCCGGGAAUGUGACUUCGCCAGGUUCUCCCUGUACAGUCGUAACGGGGUGUUUAAAGCCUGCAGAGCCCUGAGGGCCACCAUGGUGGUGGGGGCCACAACUAUCCGCCUGCGCCGGGCCCUGUGCCUGGGGGAAGCAUUUGAGCUGCGCACCAGAAUCGUGGUCUGGGAUGAGAAGGCCUUUUACCUAGAGCAGCGUUUCGUCUCCUGCAGGGACGGUCUGGUGGCCGCUGUCAUGUUGUGUAAACAGAACGUCAUGCGCAGCAGUCCUGACAAGAUCCUACAGUUCCUCUGCAAGAGAAAAGUGGAGUGUCCCGACUACCCUGAGGAUCUGCAGCACUGGAUCAGCUUCAUCUCAGCCAGCAGCCAGGCCCUGAGAGCCCAGAGUGGACUAGAGGACAAGACUGGAGCGCAGGAAGACAAAGACAAGUGAUUGAGUGCUGUGCUGUUGUCGACGAUAUGGGAGUAUGAAGGCUCUCUCUGACAGAUCUGGGGUGUAUUCAUUAGUGUCGACUGUAGGAAAACGUUUCUCAUUUGAAAAUAAGAGUUCUAUUAGAUGAAUGUAGGUAGGUUUGUUCCGUUUGGUUCCUAGUGAAUACACCCAAGCUUCAGACUGCUGGAUGCUCUUCCACUCUGACCUCCUGCUGACUAAGGCUGCGUUUACACAGGCAGCCCAAUUCUGAUCUUUUUCGCCACUAAUGGGUCUUUUGACCAAUCAUAUAUUUUCACAUCAGAAAUUUUUCGGAUUGAUCAGAUUUGGGCUGCCUGUGUAAACACAGCCCAUGAGACUUCACUUCACUGGUGCCUUCUCCUAGGCCCAGUCCCAAAUGGACCAUAUGCCAUAUGUACUUGUGGAGAUCUGAGAUAAUUUGAUUGGUAUAAGCGAUACGGUGAAACUUCUACCGAUCCUAUCAAAGUGGAAGUUGGAUCCAUUUCCAUAUCGAUUGCAUCUGACCAAUCAUCUCACAUAUGUACUAGGGCGUAGGGUCCGUUGUGGGACUGGACCUAGAGUCAAAUAGGACAGACCUGUCUAUCGACCCUCUGCUGUAUCCUGCAUACUCCUUGUGGAGGGUGGCGUGCACAACGGUCUGUUACUACUGACUACCCAUUCCAUAUAGGAAUUGGAACAUAGGAAUCUAUAGGAAAGAGGUCAAAUGAAUUCAUCUAUAUUUUCUAUGUUGUAAAAUAAAAAUCAAUUGAUUUGA